AUGACCACUCUCGCACUCAAAGCGCACUCCAUUUUUCAUCAUGACCUUCUUUUCGUUUUUUGUUUUUCUUUUUUUCUCCUCACACACUUUCCGCCGCCGGCCGCCGCUCAGAUACCCAACACGCUGACGCCGCCGCCGCCCGACCGCUUCUCGGGGUUGAAGUUCGACAAGUCCAUGGCCAUCGUUCUGGUGAUCCUGGUUGUGGUGUUCUUCAUCCUAGGGUUCCUCUCCGUGUACACUCGCCAGUGCGCGGAGCAACGGAUGCGAGGAAGGUUCGACCUCUCCAUCUCGAUUGCGCGUCGGCAACGCGGUUUGGACCGCGAAAUCGUCGACACCUUCCCUACCUUCGUUUACUCCACCGUGAAGAGCCUCAAGAUAGGGCGCGCCACGCUAGAAUGUGCAGUGUGCCUGAACGAGUUCGAGGAGGACGAAACGCUGCGUUUGAUACCCAAAUGCAGCCACGUGUUCCACCCGGAGUGCAUCGACGCGUGGCUCGUCAAUCACUCCACUUGUCCCGUCUGUCGCGCCAACCUUGUCCCCAAACCCGACGACCCCUCCUUUGUCUCCAUCCAAAUCCCCGAUCCGGUUCAACCCGUUUUAAGCUCCCCGGUCCGUCCCGAAACCACGGAUUCUCCGAAGACGAAUGACUUGAUUAAUCACAACCGUUCACCUCGGUCAAGGUCAACGGGUUUCAACAUCACGAGUUGGAUCCCGCGGUCUCACUCGACGGGUCACUCGCUGGUUCAACCGGGGGAGAAUUGCGAGCGGUUUACUCUGCGUUUGCCCGAGGAAGUGCGGAACCAGCUGAUGAGUUCGACGACGCUGAGUCGCACCAAGAGUUGCGGCGUGGACGUGACUUUCACGCGCGAGAAUAGUGAGAGGAGGACUUACAGGACGAGAAGCGUCGGUAACAGCCUUAGUCCUCACGUGACAAGAGGUCUCGGUGGCGCCACCAGCAGCCCUCACGUGCGGGGCUACGACAGGCGUUGGCUUUUUCGGAGCCCUUCACCGAAGGACCUCAUUAAGGAAGAUGUCGGGGAACGUUCUUCGGAUCGCCUAUUCUCGGACGCCUCAAGGAAUACUCAGGAAUAG